AUGUGUGGUUCUUCUGAUUCGGACUCUCACGAUGGGUACCUGACCUCCGAUUAUAAUUCCUCGAAUUCUCUUUUUUCACUAAACAAUGGCUACAGCUAUUCGAGUGCGUCUCUCGACAGAGCGACUUUUGACUGCCAAGACUCUGAUCUUCUCGGAAAUCAUAAGCAUCCAAUGCUGUCUACAGAGGUACCGCGUUUUAUUUCUAACGACGCGUUACACUCUCCCAUUACGUUAAACUACAAAAGGGACAAUGACGAUGUUACGUAUACGAACGCGAAAGUAAAUAAAUUCAUGAUUGUUCUGAUUGGCCUACCUGCUACCGGGAAGUCCACGAUUUCUUCCCAUCUGAUUCAGUGUUUGAAGAACAACCCAUUGACUAAUUCUCUACGUUGCAAAGUUUUCAAUGCGGGAAAGAUAAGAAGGCAGAUCAGCUGCGCCACCAUUUCGAAACCUCUGCUUUUAGCAAAUACGUCUUCAGAGGACCUGUUCAAUCCGAAAAAUACUGACAAGAAGGAAGCGUAUGCCAGAAUCACUUUACAAAAACUGUUUCACGAGAUCAACAACGAUGAUUGUGACGUCGGGAUUUUCGAUGCCACAAACUCUACCAUUGAGAGAAGAAGAUUCAUAUUCGAAGAAGUUUGCUCGUUCAAUACAGACGAACUCUCUACUUUUAACCUCGUGCCCAUAGUCUUGCAGAUAUCAUGUUUUAAUAGGGACUUUAUCAAAUACAAUAUCCACAACAAGUCGUUUAACGAGGACUACUUGGACAAACCAUAUGAACUAGCCAUUAAGGAUUUUGCGAAGAGAUUGAAACACUACUACUCCCAAUUUACACCUUUCUCCAUGGACGAAUUCAACCAAAUCCACCAAUAUAUCAAUCAGCACGAAGAAAUCGAUGCCAGCUUGUUUUUCUUCAACGUUAUCAAUGCUGGUAUCGUAGAACCACAUUCUUUAAACCAUAGUCACUACCCUUCCACCUGUGGAAGACAAAUUCGAGACACUAUUAUGGUCGUUGAAAACUUUAUCAACCACUAUUCGCAAAUGUUUGGUUUUGAAUACAUCGAGUCCGUUAAGCUGUUUUUCGAGAAAUUCGAAGAUAACCAUGAAGAAACUCUAGCUGCAUUGGAUUCUGUAGUCAAUGAUGAAUUUUUCAACGAUUUACAAGAAUUGAUUGAAAAUAAUGGAUUCUCUUGA